GGAGGCGGGGGCGGGGCGUCGGAGGCGGUGGGGGCGGUGGGGGCGGUGGGGGCGGGGUAUGGCGAGCGGAGCGGCGCAGGGCGGCUGGAACAAACGGCGGCGCCGGGGUCGCAGGAAAAAGCUCGUAACCCUGGCAGGUCCCUUCCCAAGACCCUAGGGACAGCAGAGGACCUGGGGACCAGCAAGCACCCCCAGGGCACAAGAAGAGCCGCUGCCACCUGCCCUGCCUCACCCUGCCCCACGCCAGGCCCGGCCCGCCCUGCCGCCCCGGCCCCCAGCUGCAUCAAGUGGAGGAGGAGGAGGCAGCGGAGGAGGGUGGCAUCAUGGGCCCAGGCCGUGCCCUCCAUGCCAGGGGGAUGAAGACGCUGCUGCCAUGGACAGCCCGUGCCAGCCCCAGGCCCUGAGUCAGGCUCUCCCUCCGUUGCCGGGUUCUGUGUCAGAGCCUUUGGAGCCUGGCCGGUCCAGGAUGGGGGUGGAGAGCUACCUGCCAUGUCCCCUGCUACCCUCCUACCACCGUCCAGGGGCAUCUCCUGAGGCCUCAGCAGGGAGUGGGAUCCCCAGAGCCACAGCCACUUCCACCUCAGCCAGCCCCCUGCUGGAGGGCUUUGGUGGGCAGGGUGGUGGUGAGCUGCAGCCGCUGCAGAGUGAGGGUGCCGCGGCACUGGUCACCAAGGGCUGCCAGCGGCUGGCAGCUCAGGGCGCCCGGCCGGAGGCCCCCAAGCGGAAAUGGGCAGAGGAUGGUGGAGAUGCCCCCGCACCCAGCAAGCGGCCCUGGGCCAGGCAGGAGAACCAGGAGGCGGAGGGGGAGGGUGGCCUGGGCUGCAGCAAUGGCAAUAGCCAUGGCCGUGGUGAGGCCAGUGCCCGCUUGAGGGCAGAGGAGCUUCCUGCUGCACCUGAGCGCUUGGCCCUGGACUAUAUCGUGCCCUGCAUGCGGUACUAUGGCAUCUGUGUCAAGGACAGCUUCCUGGGGGCGGCACUGGGUGGCCGAGUGCUGGCCGAGGUAGAGGCCCUGAAGCGGGGCGGGCGCCUGCGUGACGGGCAGCUCGUGAGCCAGCGGGCCAUCCCGCCACGCAGCAUCCGUGGGGACCAGAUCGCCUGGGUGGAAGGCCACGAGCCCGGCUGCCGCAGCAUUGGGGCCCUCAUGGCCCGUGUGGACACUGUGAUCCGGCACUGCACGGGGCGGCUGGGCAACUACGUCAUCAAUGGGCGCACCAAGGCCAUGGUGGCGUGUUACCCAGGCAAUGGGCUGGGGUACGUGAGGCACGUUGACAAUCCCCACGGUGAUGGGCGCUGCAUCACAUGUAUCUAUUACCUGAAUCAGAACUGGGACAUCAAGGUGCACGGCGGCCUGCUGCAGAUCUUCCCUGAGGGCCGGCCUGUGGUAGCCAACAUUGAGCCACUCUUUGACCGGCUGCUCAUUUUCUGGUCUGACCGGCGGAACCCCCAUGAGGUGAAACCAGCCUAUGCCACCAGCAUCGGGACAGAAAGGUGUUCAAGUACCUGUAUCUCAGCCGACUACGCCCACCUAGUGGUCAGCCCCAGAGCUGCAUGGACAGAGGACUUGCCUUGAUUUCAGGAGAGCCUUGGGCUGGUGCUGCCUGGCCAGCAGCCUACCAGUCUUGGUGCCUGCUCCUACCCCGCCACCGCUGCUGCUUCCGACUUUGCCUAUGUCCUGCUCGGUGUGGAGAGUUCCCUUAGUUGCUGAGGACCAAGCAGGGGAGAGACCUGUGCUGCCCUGUGAUGGGAGCUGGGGCUGUGACCUGGGCAGGGGCAGUGCCGGGGAGCUACCGUUACUGGAGCUGGGGCCUGUGUCUUGCCCUGCCUAGUCAUGCCCCUCAGGUGGGGAGAGCUGGAAGGGAACAUUGUCACCUCCCACCAGGAUGCAAGAUUUGGGAUUGAGGUGAGUCAUGGCCUCUUGCUGGCAAAGGUUUGUGGGGGGAGUAUCUGCAAGCCCCCUCACUCCUCCAGCUUAGAAUGUGAAAUGACUCCCAACCCUCUUGGCCAUGGCACCCUUGGACUAGGCUGCCGCUGCUUGGGCAGAUAAAAGGUGCUGGGAGGAGUGUGGGUGUGAAAGUCCUGUCAGCCAAGAAAUAAAAGUUUACCUCAGAGCUGCA